CAGUGUGUGUUCCAUGCCCCGCUAUCUGUGGUUGACGUUUCACAUUUGAAAGAAGAAGAAGAACCGAUGUCAGUCUGGUAAAAACACGUCAACAAUCUGCAAUAUCGAAAACAGAAAAUUAAAAAUGGAUUUAUUUAGUUCAAUUCCCACGCAUAUGGACUUUGAGGGUCAAGCGCGAGCAGAAAAAUUGUCCAGAGUAAUAAUCACCCUGUUUGGUAUUGUCGGUGUUGUUUGGGGCUACAUUAUUCAACAGUUUUCGCAAACAGUGUAUAUUCUCGGCGCCGGCUUUGUUCUGGCUGCAUUGCUUACAAUUCCACCUUGGCCAAUGUACAGGAAGAAACCACUAAAUUGGCAACCAGCGAGGGAUGUAGAUGGAUCUGUAAAGGAACAGUCAAAUAAGAAAGGAAAAAAGAAAUAAUAUUUUAGUUUUUUAUUAUUUAAUAAAUAAUUUUUCUGUGUAAGUGACUUUUGAUUCCUGAAUAUAUUAUUUACUAUA